AUGUCCCUCAGUAGCGCGAUAACUCCACACACUGUAUUAGUCCCAAUCCGGGACGGCGUGGAGACAGUAACCACCAUCCCGCAACUCCAAGUGACUCACUGCGUAAUUAGCUUGGACCAGAUCUCUUUGUCUCACCUACAGGACGGCUUCGUAAAAUGUACAAUCUCAUUACGAACAUUCCCGUGGGCAGCACUAGAGUGCACGUUCUUUCGAAAACAUCCAUUGAUACACGCGCUACCAAAUGCUUUGAUUCCUGGUGUCACUGCAAACGUGUUAUUGGUCAAACGCGUGCGAGGGACUAAACACAAGGUUGUGGACUGUGGAGAAGAAGAUAUGCCGUGGGUCAACAGGGUCGUCAGACAGAUCAGGCGCCGGACCUUGCAGAACGGUAUUAGCAAGGGCCAGCGAAAUGUAUUAUGGCGUAAUCUUCAUUUCCGUGUCAUAUCUAUAAUACUUCUCCAGGAGACAGAGCUCAUCGAAGGGGUGCAUUGUCUGCUCGUCGAGAACUGCGAUAACAUCCAGUCAUCUGUUGAAUCGUCCCCCACUGUGGGGAUUGCAAAUGAUACGCGAUACACCCGCUCACAUGCUUUCCUCACAUGCUUCCGUGGCGGAUUCUCAGGACUUCUACACUGCACUUCAGCUUCCUUUCGGGCGUGGACCCGAAUCAUUCUGGCAUCGAUAAUCUGA